GGCAGACAUAUUGCUUACAGGAGCAGAUUCUGGAAAGCCAGAAGAGGAAAAGGACCGAAAAUUGAUUUAUAUCAUCGCGACUUGACACACUCACAACACGUAGGAAACAAUGGAGCCGUCAGCCAGUCCGGCCAAGGAUAACUACAGGAUGAACCGCUACAAGAACAAGGCACUGAACCCAGAAGAGAUGAGACGCAGGAGAGAGGAGGAGGGCAUCCAACUCAGGAAACAGAAAAGAGAACAACAGCUUUUCAAGAGGAGGAACGUGGACAUUCUCAAUGAAGAGGAAGCUAUGUUUGAGAGCCCACUAGUGGACUCCUACCUUAGCUCUCCAGUAACAGAAGGAGUCAUUACCAGAGACAUGGUUGAGAUGCUUUUCUCAGAGGACCCGGAGCUUCAGCUCGCCACAACACAAAAGUUCAGAAAACUACUUUCCAAAGAGCCCAACCCACCUAUUGAUGAAGUUAUAAACACACCUGGAGUAGUGGAGAGGUUUGUUGAGUUCCUGAAGAAGAGUGUCAACUGUACACUACAGUUUGAAGCUGCUUGGGCACUGACCAACAUAGCAUCAGGCACAUCCAUACAGACAAAGACGGUGAUUGAGGCAGGAGCCGUGCCAAUCUUCAUAGAAUUACUUAACUCGGAUUUUGAGGAUGUCCAAGAACAGGCUGUGUGGGCCUUAGGUAAUAUUGCAGGGGAUAGUGCAGUUUGCAGGGAUUAUGUGCUAAAUUGCAACAUCCUUCCACCACUAUUAAUGCUUCUGACCAAAUCCACUAGAUUGACCAUGACUAGGAAUGCAGUUUGGGCCCUGUCUAAUCUCUGCAGAGGAAAAAAUCCUCCACCUGCUUUUGAAAAGGUGUCACCCUGUCUGCCAGUGCUGUCCAGACUUUUAUUUAGCAGUGACCCAGACUUGCUGGCAGAUGCUUGCUGGGCCCUUUCCUACCUCUCAGACGGCCCCAAUGACAAGAUCCAGGCUGUCAUUGACUCUGGCGUCUGCAGGCGCCUUGUAGAACUACUCAUGCACACUGACUAUAAGGUGGCCUCCCCUGCCUUGAGAGCUGUAGGAAACAUUGUCACUGGAGAUGAUAUCCAAACACAGGUGGUGUUGAACUGCUCAGCCCUGCCCUGUCUGCUGCACCUGCUCAGCAGCGCUAAAGAAUCGAUUCGCAAAGAGGCUUGCUGGACCAUCUCGAACAUCACAGCAGGAAACAGAGCCCAGAUACAGACGGUAAUUGAUGCCAACAUCUUCCCAGUGCUGAUCGACAUUCUACAGAAAGCCGAGUUCAGGACCAGGAAAGAGGCGGCCUGGGCCAUCACCAACGCCACCUCCGGAGGAACACCGGAGCAGAUCAGAUAUCUGGUGAACCUGGGCUGCAUUAAGCCACUGUGUGAUCUGCUGACGGUGAUGGACUCGAAGAUCGUUCAGGUCGCUCUCAACGGGCUGGAGAACAUCCUGAGGCUCGGGGAGCAGGAGGCCAAGCAGGAGAACAACGGCACUGGAGUCAACCCUUACUGCAGCCUCAUCGAGGAAGCCUAUGGUUUGGACAAGAUCGAGUUCCUUCAGAGCCACGACAACCAGGAGAUCUACCAGAAGGCCUUUGACCUAAUUGAGCACUACUUCGGAGUGGAGGACGAAGACACCAGUCUAGCCCCUCAGGUGGACCAGGCCAACCAGCAGUUCCUUUUCCCCCAGCAGGAGGCCCCCAUGGAGGGCUUCCAGCUAUAAAUCAGCACCCCUCUCCUCUAAAAUACACCACUUACCCCCACCAUAUCUCUCUAUCUCAUGGAGGGCCCAUAGAUAUGAGUUGUACCUCCAAGCCCCCACCCCACCCUCUACCCCCCACCGCUACUAUCACCACAAACACACACACAACUUUGCCCCUUGGAGGAAAACAAAAACUGUCCUGCUCUCCAGCCUAAAAGAAAUGCGCCCUUCGCUUCAUACUCCUCAAGCAGUGGGCCGACUUCUCACAGGGUAGACUCAUGUGUUUCCUGAUCAGUAAGGAAGCACAGCACAAACUCCAUUAUUACACUUAGAAGAGGAAGUGAUCACCUCAUAGCCCAAAGUGUGAGUCUGCCCUGGCUUAAAACGCACACACAUCCAUCUUCCUGCCAUGUGACACUUCUUAGAUUCUCUCAUUGGCAGUAACGGUUGAUAUCUUUAUAUACACUCUUUUCUUCUCCCCCCCCCCCCCCCCCAAUGGGACAUUCCUAUUUUCAGGACUACCCAUGCAUCCUCAUGCAAAGUCUACAGACUGCUGGGGUGCAUGAGGUGAAAUAUGCCCGGCUAUUGAUGUCAGUUUGACUUAGUGCAAUUCAAAAAAAGAAAGGAAAAAAAAAAAAGAAAAUACUUGUAACAUUAUCCCUUUUUAGUUAUAUGAUAAGUUCUUUUUCCCCCAGUCCUUAUUUAUCUUCUUCUUAUUAGUGCUGGGGACUUUUUUUCUUUUUACUUUUUUUUUUGUUGUUGUUGUUUUCUUUAAUGGAAAGCACGUGGUUUGCUACCAACAAACUGUCUGAUCAUUAGGCUUAGGGCUGGUCUCUGCAUAUCUGCUCAUGGGGAAAAGAUUCCUAUCUUUUAUGGGGGAGUUCAGAGACACAAAUGUCCAACAAAAGUCAAGGGCUGUCCACUGCCCUGAGUCUGAUGCCCAAACUAAGAAGUGUGUUCCUUUUUCUUUUUUUUUAGGUUUUAGUUUUUGUCCCCACCCCCCCAUCUAUCAAUAUGUUUUUUUUUAAGUAGGACAAAUUUCAGGGGGGGGGAUUCCAGGUGGGAAGAUGUGAAAAACUUAAGAAAACAGAAUUAUCUAACCAUAGGAAGGGCUCUGGAUGGGAUACUGGAAAUGGGAUUGGGUUUUUUUUUUAGAUGAUGUGUUAAAAGAUCUAAAAAGAAAAAAAAAAUCCAGGUUUCGAGGGUGGUAUAGUUAGAGAUCCAAUGUUCGUCGUGUGCUGUGUUAUUAAUAACAAUACAUUUGAAUUAUGAAGUGAUUUAACUAUUAAACAAGGCAUAGCUGGGGUGUUGGGGGGGGGGAGGGGGCAACAGCAGCAAACCAAACUUAUUUUUAUAUUUAAAUAAAUUGAAGGGAUUGCAGAUGUUUGAAGCAGAGUGACAGACGCGUCAUGGAGAUGGCAUAAGACGAUAUGAUUUUAGUUUUGACUUUCUGAUUCCACUGAAGCCCAGUGGAAAUGGGUUGCUGCUCGUUCAUUAGGCCCCGUGGUCUUCCCCCCCCACCCAGUGGUAUGUGGUAGGGUUUUUGCAUGGUGUUAUAUUACCCUGCCUACAGUCACUGAGUAUCCCUGGCCAAACACAGACAGUUGGCACAGAGAGAUGGAGAACAGUGUGAACAAACACUGUGAGACAUUGCUGUAUAUGCUGCUCGUCGUUCCUUGUUGGCGGCAUUUGGAGUUAAAAAGCAGGAACUAGGCCAUAACUAAUUGAUUUGGUGGUGUUAACAGUGAUAGUGUAGUGACGGUGGUGGUGUUUUGUAUAGCGGUAGAGUUGAUAUAUAACCCUAUGGCAUUCUAUAUCACUAUAUUUAUGAGGAAUGGGAAUGACAACUGAUAAUGAUUUUGCAUGGGUCCAUUGUGAUAUGUACAGGUAUUGAUGUAAAUAGCCUAUCCUCUGCCUGGCUAGGAAAGUCUGUGCCGCUUCUUCGUCCCCUCAUGGGUGUAACAACAACCAGAGUUUGGCUAGGGAUAUAUCCGAGAAAAGUGACAAGCCUAACUGCAACAAAAAAUUCAAGUAUAAAUAUAUAUUUGAAUUUUGAUGUAUUAGCAUUAUAUAUAUAUAUAUAUUUGCGCACACUUCAUGUACACUUGCAUACAACACCAGCAGACACUGUACACACACCUCACACAGAUGAGUGGCUAGUAGCAAGUAAAAUAGUUUCCAUAUUCAUUUUAUUUUGAAGUUUAACUUUAAAAAUGUGAAAAAAGCCAUUUUGGCUGUUUGUUUUUUUUUUUUUUUUUGUUUUGUUUCAGAGCACUUAGUAUAUUUUCCUUAUUUUUAAAAACAUUGGCUCCUUUUUUAAUUUAGGUUGGUGUCAGUUUUAAUUGAGACAAUGAAAAGAAGGGUUCCUUGAAUUUGUUGCACACGUAGAUCUUAUGGAAACUUUUUUGCUGUUUCUAGCCACAUGACUUAUGAUGGAUUGAAUUAGUCCUGUAAACCCUGACCUCAGAUCAGCGCUGCCUCCGACAGAAGCUGAUUUUGGAUCAGAGUUCAGGCUUUGUGGAUGGAGCAGUGGUCGUGUGUUGUUUGACUGACAGGCACUGUGUGAGGAAGAGGUUGAUUGACUCUAUGACUAUGUAACCCAUCAGAGUCUGGGAGCCCCUGUUCUGUGGAUCACAGCAGCAGCCCUAACAUUUAAUUAUGGAGCUGUGCGUGAAAUUAUGGUUCUGUUAACCGAAAUAGAAAUGCUGCAGUCUGUUGAAUAUUGCGUAAAAUUGAGAACAUAACUUUUAUCUUUUUGGAUGCAAAGACUUAUCUUCUCCAUUUGGUUUGUUCCAGUAUUGCAUUUUUGCAUUUGCCUUCAAUUUCCUAUGUCAAUGCAAAAUAUCAUAGUGUAAGAUGCCACUAUUACACACAACGGUUCAAGCAUUCAUUGACAGACGACUAUAUGUUAGAGAGGCUGUCUGUUUUGGCUUCAUGAGUUCAAAUGUUGUCCACAGAACAUGUGUGCUCCCAGUAGACAUAAGAGGUCAAAUCAUGUAUAAUUGAGCAUCAAGAACUUAUCUCUAAAUGACAGAUGUGUAGAGCAGCAUUUAUAACUGAAGUCUUCGAUUUCACGGCCGAUUCUGUGCUUGGCCUACAAAUAAUGCCAGAAUUGCAAUGUUUCAAAAAAAAAAAAAAAAAAAUCAGUGCAUCAACCAGGAAAAAUAUUAUAUAUAUUAUAUUUCUGAAAAAUGAAAAUGCACUCCUAUUCACAAAAGUGCCAACCCGACCAACAAAGACUGGAGGUUCUUAUGUAUCUGUCUUUGACUUAGCGAUUUUUUUUUUUUCCUUUAUAUCUUUUAUUUACUUGAAUGUGCACACAUUUUGUGCAAAACAUUGCUGCUCUAUUUUCCUUAUCUUUAAAGUUACAUUAUUAGCCAUUAUUUCUUUGGAAAAGUGGCAUUCUUUACUGUGGGCACCUAAAUAAGGAAUUAAGGAAGUGUAAUUGUCUGGGGCGGGAAAGGACUCGAUUUACUGCAUAAAACUGGUCUCUCCAGCGACUUGUUGUCCGUUGGUGUGAUGGUCCCCACUCUUACAGUCUUCUAAUGGUUUUCACUGUGCAUAGCUAAGCUGCAAAUGUUUUUGGAAUUAAUUAAUGAAUUGAUUUCAUGUGGUGGAUACAGUGGAGUAUAAUAUUUAGCAUUUCCUUGAGGUCACGGCCUGCAGCCAGUCCCUCUUUGUUCAAAAAGAAACUCUGCGCUGACAAAAAAUAUUGUAGUACUUAAAUGUGGCACAUGAUGCAAAUUGUGGAAACUGAAGCGACUAUCAUAGCGGACAAUUGCAGGUACUAACCUUAUUGUCAUACUUAGUUUACCAAAGUUUUGUCAUCCUGAAGGCUGGUUUAAAUUAUUUUCUUGAUGUUUUGUUUUCAAUAGUUGAUGUAAUUGGCUUGUGUUGACCCAGUCAGUAUGACUGAGAGAUUGCUUCAGGCCAUUUAAAACUUGCUUCUUUUCAUUAGAAGCUGCAUGAGCUCAGUCCCUCUUAUCUCAGUUUUCUUUUCUCUUGAGUUUAUGUACUGUUUAGGGAGGUAGAUUUGCAAAAUAAUCCAGAAGACUGCAAUAAAUACUGUCCAAAAAUCAGGCACCCUGGAAGCAAAGAUCCACCUACAAACUGCUCUCAAAGGUGACACUCCUUCCACUGGGUGGAGCUAAAAGAGGCAACUACUUGACACUUUUCUAAGAUAAAAAAUCUGGGAUUCAGAAAUUGUGCAGUGAUUUACAUUAAAAAGUAUUAUAAGUUAAACUAUAUGUAUGUUCUGAUACAUUCACAGGGAUUCAGAUGCAAUUCUAAUCACUUCUGAGAAGUGGAGAAAAAGUCUCAUUAGAACAUGUCACAGGAAAAAAAUAAAAUAGGAGGUGAGGAUAAAAGCCUUUUCUGCUUUUCUUGAUCUUUUUCUUGAUCAGGAUAUUCUGGGCUAUAUUUUUGGAUAAUUGUGUUUAGAGUAAAAGUUUGUCUUAGUCAGGCUGCAUGAUCAGGAACCUUGUUGUCUGGGGGAUUGAAGAGACAUCACUAAAUAUAUCAAAUCUGACUUGUCUUCCGUCCUAGAAGCUGUUAAUGUCUAUAUCAAAAUCUAAAGCCAUGCUUGGCUUGGUCAAGUAAUGUUGUCUACGCUACAAAUGUUUACAAUGCUACAUGUUUGUAAAGUACUUUUCAUAUGCCAUCACUGACCAGUCCUGACAUAUUCUCGACUCUGGUCCUCUCAUUUCUUUUACAUGUAUUUAUUUUCUCUUUUCCUGUUGAUGAUUUUUCAUUUGCUCAAAAUUACCCAUCUUAAACUGUGACUUGACUUGACUUAACCGACGGUAUGAAUGAGUGACGAGAAACUAAUACACUUCAGCUGAACAUGACACACAAACAUGAACAUGAAAAAAAGAAAUACAUACAGGAAACGGCAACAAUAUUAAAAAUGUAAAGAAAAUAUAUUGAAUUUAAGAUUGUUCAGUGGAAAUACUGUACAAAACAAAUAAAGUUAUGUUGCAACUCUUUAA